GCGGCCGGGGCUGUAGCGCUACUCCCGCGCUCUGCCCUCGUUCUCCGCUCCGCCCUCGGAGCGGCGUGAGGGGAGGGCCGGCUCGGCGGCGGGCCGGGCGCUGCUGCCGGUAGGUCGGAGGCGGGUGACGUGACGGCGGCUGCCGGCGGUUAUAAACCUUAACGCCCGGAGCGGGCGGCGAGCGCGGUGGCGGCCUGCGCCUUCCUUAGGGGCUGAGGUGAGCGGCGGCGAUAGCGGUGGUGAUAGCGGGGAGGAGGGCGGCUCUGCUUUGCUGUUGUCACCUGCGGGGCCGUGCUGACAGCCGUCCCCGCUAUCUCCGGAGCUCGGCCGGGCCCAUGCCCCGGCUGGAGAGCGGCUCCUGGAGCUGCUCCUGCGCGGCCCGAGCGCGGCACGCUGCACGGCCGGGGGAGGCGGCCCUUAAAGCGGGCGCCAUGAGGAGCCCAUCGCCCAGCGCUGGACGUGCGGUACGGGACGCUGCAGGUUGUUCCGCCACGACGUGGAGGCAACACUUAGUGCAGCGCAGCCUCGUUCUGUUCGUGGUGGGAGCCUUCAUGGCGCUGGUGUUGAACCUGCUGCAGAUCCAGCGCAACGUCACGUUGUUUCCCGACGAGGUCAUCGCCACGCUCUUCUCCUCCGCCUGGUGGGUGCCGCCGUGUUGCGGGACAGCGGCAGGUGAGUGCGGUGUACCCCCAAUCCCACCCCAUAUCCACCCUGUAUAUCGGAGCUCGGAUCGCUCCCGUCCCGCCGCCGCCCCCUCUCGCCUCCAUUGGCCGCCGCCGAACUGGUGAGGCCCGGGCGGUUCUUCCCAUUGGUCGGCUCCGCUAACAGGCCACGGGCCGGGCUGACAACAAGGAAAUCACGUGCGGGGCUGCGGGUCCAGGGCUGCGUUACCUGCGGGGUGUCAGAGCUGUCAUAUCGCUGCUAGGAGUCCUUCAUCGAUCCUUACGUGCAUUGUUUAUCACUUAGUGGUGCUGUCUUGUGCUGUUUGUGCUCCUGCUGAAAGUAUGAAUGAUACUGGGCUCGUGUGAACCUAAUGAGGUGCAACACGGCAAAGUGCAAGGUUUUGCACUUGGGCAGGAAGAACCCC